AUGGUUCCGCGGUGCCAGGUAGAAGUGUUGUAUUUUGCAAAAAGUGCUGAAAUAACAGGAAUUCGCUCAGAGACCAUUUCUGUGCCACAAAAAAUAAAAGCACUGCAGCUCUGGAAUGAGAUAGAAACCUGCCAUCCUGGAUUGGCUGAUGUCAGAAAUCAGGUGAUAUUAGCUGUUCCUCAAGAGUAUGUCGAGCUUGGAGAUCAGCUCCUCCUGCUUCAGUCAGGAGACGAAAUUGCUGUUAUCCCCCCCAUUAGUGGAGGAUAGUGCUUUUGAGCCACCUGGGAAAAAUAUAAAUGAAGUUGAAGAGAAAUCUAAAGACAUAAUAAAAUUCACAUCUGAGAAACUUUCAGUAGAUGAAGUCUCACAGCUGGUGAUUUCUCCACUCUGUGGUGCAAUAUCCCUGUUUGUAGGGACUACAAGGAAUAACUUCGAAGGGAAAAAAGUCAUUAGCUUAGAGUAUGAAGCAUAUCUACCAAUGGCAGAAAAUGAAGUCAGAAAAAUUUGUAGUGACAUGAGGCAGAAACGGCCAGUCAAACACACAGCAGUGCUCCAUUGACUUGGCUCA